AUGCCUCUUGUCAUCGUCAGCACCCUCGAGCCUGCCUCUCCCCUCGCUGAACCUGGAGAUACAAAGAGUCCUGUUAUCAACGCUAUCACCGAAGCACUGUCCGGACUUGGUGCUGAAUUGCAAAGCGCUGAACAUCAGCAAUUUUCAGAUACCUUCCCUCCCACUUAUCUUGUGAUUGUGGAAACGUCUGGAGUUGAUCAAGAAGAAUUUGAGAAAGCACUCCAGCUCGUCUGGCCCGAGGGGCAGCCUUAUGGGGAUGAUGCCAUCCCCCCCCGUUGA